AUGCCCCCGAAGUCUGCCGCGAGCCCCCGCCCGCCGACCGGCUGGGAAAAGAAGGACCUGGAUGGCGUUUUCGGAAUCUUCAGACCAAAACCAAAAGGAAAAGGAAAGACAUGGAACAAGAAUGAGAGGCGUGUCUUCUUGAAUGCCGGAAAAGAGGAGCUUUACAUUUACUAUGCCUAUCCUAUACAAAGGGUGGCGGAAACCAUUUCACUCAGUGAUUUUCAAUCUUUCUCUACUUCGGAAAGGCCGGAUUGGUGUUACAUCUGGCUGUACUUCACUCGCGAGGAUAAAAACGUCAGGCUCUUCACCAAGGACCCUUCAGCCGUUGAAGCUUGGACACACGUCUUGCCGUACUUUUUCCAAACCUCACACAUGCAGGCCUUGCUACAGGUCCAGGGAACGCUCGUCAGGGAGAAUCUCUACGAAGACAACAUACUGCCCUGUCAGUAUCCUCUGACGAUCUCCGAAUUCGAACGAGAAUUGCAGCGGAUAGCUUCUUUUCCGGAACACCAAGAACAGGAUAAGAGCAGAAGUACCUUCCCUUCGGCCUUCUACCUGCAGCUGGUAGCUGCGCGAAGGCAAGCUGAUAUACUUGUCAGUCAGGGGCUUAAGUAA